GAUAACCCUAUAACGCCUAUAAUUAUAGCAGCGGUCAAAGAGGUAUUGCAGAAACAAGGUCCUGCCAGUCAGUGCGUGAAUAAGAGAUGAAAAAGCAGAAACAGCUGAAUUAAUAUUCCCAACGUGUCGUAACCGUGGAAACUGAGGUAAUGAAUUUUAAUUGAGUCACUUAUACUCGUCACGUUUCACAUAUGGACGGAGAUGGAAGCUUUCCGAGCCUGCGGAAGGAUUCUUACGUGAACCAGGCUUUACCCCGAGACCUGGGAACGUCCCGUUCUCGAUUGGUCCCCACUCGGGUACGCAAGCAGAGCAACGAGUCGAUCAAGAAGGACGUUGUGGCUCGACAAAUUCAUGAAAUCCUUACACCUGACAGUCACCCGUGGACCAUCAACGACUUGGAAUACCCGAGAGAUUCGACUGUAAUUACUUUCAUUACUUAGUAUUCCCGGAUGGACGCCGUGUGGUUACGGCUAGCAACGUUGCUGGCCGUGCUUUUGCACAUCGCAGGAAGUCCCAGUGGAAUGCCUUACAGUUCAACAAGGGAACAGAGAUCGAAGCCGAUGGAAGGAUCAAAAAAACCACACAUAGUAGUGAUCCUAGCCGACGAUUUGGGAUGGAACGACGUUAGUUUUCACGGUUCAAACCAAAUACCAACGCCGAACAUCGACGCCUUAGCUUAUAACGGCGUCAUACUGAAUAGCCAUUACGUACCCGCCUUAUGCACGCCCAGCAGAUCUGCGCUGAUGACCGGAAAGUAUCCCAUUCACCUUGGAAUGCAGCAUUCAGUUAUAUUGGAACCAGAGCCUCGAGGGCUACCGCUCAAGGAAAAACUGAUGCCAGAGUACCUGAGAGAUGCGGGUUACAAGACUCACGCGAUUGGCAAAUGGCAUUUGGGCUACCAUAGAGUGGCCUACACGCCAACGUAUCGAGGCUUUGAUUCGCACUUUGGAUACUGGAACGGGCUUCAAGAUUAUUACAGUCAUGAAGUAGCUGCUACGUUUGACUCCUACCGAGGAUUCGACAUGCGGAGGAAUAUGACAGUCGCCCGGGACACCGCUGGAAAAUAUUCCACCGACCUUUUCACGGAUGAAGCGGUUAGGCUGAUCGAAACCCACAAUCCUGACGACCCGAUGUUCAUGUACCUGUCACACCUUGCUCCGCACACCGGCAAUCAAGACAACCCCUUUCAAGCACCCGACGAAGAGGUAGCAAAAUUCACGCAUAUCGUAGACCCAGAAAGACGUAUUUACGCGGCAAUGGUGUCUAAACUCGAUCAGAGCGUCGGCGAAGUGGUGGCAGCCCUAAGGCGACGAGAGAUGCUGGAGAACAGCAUAAUUUUGUUUAUGUCUGACAAUGGUGCUCCGACGUACGGAAUUCAUAGCAACAGAGGAAGCAACUACCCUAUGCGCGGGAUCAAGGAUAGUCCAUGGGAAGGUGGAGUUCGCGGCGUCGCGGCGAUAUGGAGUCCCCUGAUAGAUGCAACGAACAGAGUAUCCAACCAACUCAUGUAUAUGACUGACUGGUUACCAACACUCUACGCGGCUGCAGGAUUGGACGUCGCAGCUCUCGGCAAUAUAGACGGUGUUAAUAUGUGGCCAGCCUUGCGAAGUAACAAGCCAAGCCCGCGUUCAGAGGUAGUGGUGAACAUCGACGAUGUGGCAAAUUACGCGGCCAUACGAAUGGGAGACUUUAAAUACAUUAUUGGAGCCACUAGCUCUGGUUUAGAAUGGUACGGAGAGUCGGGAAAGCCGGAGAUCGAAGCCAUUUCUGAGACUUUGGCAAACUACGAUCCAGAUUUGGUCAUGAAAAGCAGAUCUGGGGUUGCUCUCACUGGUGUAAUAACAGCUAGGCAAGUGGAAGAAGUGAAAAAAAUGAGGGAAAAUCACAUGGAAGGAGCGCAGAUGACUGUUACUAUACUGACUGCUCUAAAAAUUCAUUCCCUGAGGAGCGAAGCCGUGCUAAACUGCAACGUCAAAGAAGAGAACAAGAUUGCCUGUAAUCCGUUGGAGUCGCCGUGUCUGUUCAACAUCAAGGAAGACCCUUGCGAGAUGGUAAAUCUAGCGAAGACAAGGCCUCUAAUUCUCGCGACGCUGGAAGAAGCUCUGAUGCGACAUCGAGUGACCGUUAUUCCAGCGAGCAACGUUGACUCAGAUCCAAAAGCUGACCCGAAGAACUGGCAGGGUAUCUGGGUGAACUGGAACGAGCCUAUCCCGAUGAAAUUCAGCAGCACUGAUUCGGAAGAGCCAAAGAGAAUAUCGGGGCCUGCGAUCGCCUUAAUUGCGGUUUUACUGGGUUUAACAACGGUCGGGGUAAUAGUGCUGUUCACAGUGAAGUUUAAGAAGAAUUCAUGCACCGAAUCUCACCCCGAGCAUGGCACCUUCCAGCAGAUACCCGGAGAAGGGAAUGACAAUGGUAACAACUCCGCUGUUUUAGAAUCCACCGAGGUCCUACCAAAUCCGAAAAGUAUACAGAGUUUCAAAGAGUUCGCUUCUCUCAAAGAUCUGGCACGGAAUAUCGACUGACGGAGGGGUCAGAGGUGUGCAAGAUACGGGCCCGUUUCCACCAGCAUCAUCAUUACUUACGUCCGAAGCGAGGCCGUUAAUCGCUGAUCUCCGUUCCCUUUCUUCAUUUCUUUUUUACAGACUGCAGUAUGCAAUAAACGGGCAUACAUGGACUUGCGAAAAGAUAUCGAGACUGGGAACGGGGACGAAAAACUGCGAGUCUUAUCUGCGUAGGCUACCAUUCUUAAACAUCAUCUCGCACUACCUCAAAAUUCAGAGAGCGCAUCACUUUGGUAUGGUAUGUAUACCAUCUGUGACUGCAGCGUCAUAUAUCCAUCUAUACUUACUCGGAUUCCCAUCGGUAACCGAAAGAUUCCGAGACGUGUAACGGAGAAGUUAAACUUGCUGGUCAAGUUUUUUGUACUUCUAUUUAAUUACCUCUUUUCCUAUUACAGUCGACUCUCGCAAUAGGGCCGGCAACAAAGUGAAAUGUUAGAAGAGAAUAGCGCAGCUGUUAUAGACUUUGGGCGAACCUAUUGUUGGUGAGGGUAUGCUAAUUCUUAAAAAUAUCCUCCCCUGCACCCCCAUGACUGGCCAUAUUGAGAAAGUCGACUGUAUAUCGAUAUCUGCACUUAUUUUAUACAUCUAUUUGUACAUAUUACAUAAGAUUGUGCGAAAGAAUACUUUGAAGGAAAUUAUUCUUUCGAGUUGAUUCUAAUAAAUUUUGCACAAAAACUA